GUUUCCAUCUUAUUAUAUACUGAAUUGCUCGCAGUGGUGAACCGCAUCUUCUUCUCUACUGUAAUCUGCAGAAAUGCCUUUCUCAGCGAGUGCAUCAACGAGAGCGCCGCUAUAUCUGGCGGCUUUACUUAUUUUCUCUGCUGUUCUGGUUGAGUCCUCGGACGAUGAGGGAGAAAUAUACGCAGCAUGUAAUGUGCAUAAGUACUCCAACGGCUCACAGUUUGAUACCAACCUGGAAGAGGUCUUAAAAUCUCUGACAGAGAAAGCAGCGAAAGCGGGCUUCGGCGCUUCUGUUUAUGGGGAGAAGACGGCUAACCAGGUGUCGGGGCGCCUCCAGUGCAGAGGAGAUUUGUCUCCCGCCGACUGUCGGACCUGCGCAGUGGAGGCAGUGAAGGUCAUCCACCGCGACUGCCCCAACGCCAUUGGUGCCCGUGCCCAGCUGGAGCAUUGCUUCCUUCGCUACGAGAAUUACACCUUUCUCUCGGAUUUGGACACCAACUUCUGGUAUGGCCUCUAUAACGUCAAUAACGACACGGACACCAAGUUUAAUGCUGGCGUUAGAAAUCUGUUGGCCGAUCUGUCGAGCAAGGCCCCCGCCAGUCCUAUAAAGUUCGCCUUGGGGACGUCUGUAGUUUCUUCUAAUGUGACCCUCUAUGGCAUGGAGAUGUGCUGGCGCGAUAUGUCCAGGGAGGACUGUAAGACCUGCCUUUCCAAGGGGAUUGAACAGCUCUUUGACUGCUGCAGUGAAAGCGUUGGUGUUCAGAUUUUCAUGGGCAGCUGUACUCUGCGCUAUGAAAUCUAUCCUUUUGCGAGGACCUAUUAGACUUUAACUCAGUAUCUGUAUGUGAGGUGAUUCACCAUAAAUCAUGGGAAGCAUGCUCGCCAAAUAAAGUAAUUAUAAUAAUAAAAUCAGAAGUAUAUGGUUUCGUGGUCUUAUUAAAAUCUAUAUUGUAAUGCCUGACAGAUGAAUGCCAAGUACACUCAAUAAUUGAAUAUGUCGUGAAGAUCAAGAGACGUGCAAUUAAUAAAAUAAUUAUAUAUAAAUAAUACAUUUCAGAAGAUUUGAUUCUGAGGAA